GAGUGCAGCAAAACUAAACCAGUAGGGGCUGUCGCUGUCCGAUAAUUUUUUUUCCUUGGUUGAAUCGCCUUUCUGCCCUUUUUGACGAUCCCAAAAUUAUCCGUAGGUGAAAUCUAUGGCUUGUUUAAAUACUCUGAAGCACGAAAUUCGGACUUUAGAGCAAAUUUUCGGAAAGCACCAUGAACGAUUCCAAAUUAUAUCUGCCAGUGUGGACGAAUUGUGUUGUAGGUUCAUUGGGAAAUGUGGAAAAAAAUACACCAUUCACGCCAAUAUAACGGAAACUUAUCCUGCCGUUCCUCCAGUUUGGUUUGCUGAUUCCGAAGAAACUAGCAUAACGAACGCUGUACAGAUUCUCAGCAAUACUGAGGGCCUGGACAAUCAUGUACUUCACCAAGUUAUAAUUCUCUUAAAAGAAUUAUGUAGAUUACAUGCUGUAUCAGAACCACCUGACUUAGAUCGACUUAGAAUAUCUGAUGAACAGGAUAUCGCGGAUCGAAUUAGCAAUAGUGGUCUCGAACCUAUGGAAGACGAAGGACUUGAUAGCGAUGCAGACGCACAAGAUUCUGAUGCGGUAUCAGUGGACGAAGAUAGUGAUGAUAAUGAUGACGAAGAUUUAGGUAUGGAUAUGGAGGACGGAUCAACUGGACGACAAAAGGCAGAAGAAAUGGGCGUUGAACAUUUAGCAACUUUAGAAAGACUACGUCAAAAUCAAAGACAAGAUUAUUUAAAAGGGUCAGUAUCAGGAUCAGUACAAGCCACAGACAGACUGAUGAAAGAAUUAAGAGAUAUCUAUCGUUCGGAAUCUUUCAAAAAUAAAAUGUACCAAAUUGAGCUGGUUAGCGAUUCCCUCUAUGAGUGGAACGUGAGAUUGAUGGCCGUCGAUCCCGACAGCCCAUUGUCUCAUGACUUGCAAAUGCUCAAAGAAAAAGAGGGAAAAGACUGCAUACAAUUGAAUAUGUUAUUUAAAGAUACUUAUCCUUUCGAGCCUCCAUUUGUCAGGGUCGUACAUCCCAUUAUAUCAGGUGGCUAUGUUCUAGUUGGUGGUGCCAUUUGUAUGGAACUAUUGACAAAGCAGGGUUGGUCGAGUGCCUACACUGUGGAAGCUGUCAUAAUGCAAAUAUCUGCAACAUUGGUGAAGGGCAAAGCGCGUAUUCAAUUCGGUCCAACCAAAGUAACCACACAGGGGCAAUAUAGUCUUGCGAGGGCGCAGCAGAGCUUCAAAAGUCUUGUACAGAUACACGAAAAGAAUGGCUGGUUUACACCUCCAAAAGAAGACGGAUAAAUAGGUACAUUUAAUCUUCUCUCAUUUUUUUCCCUUAUUCUCAUCUUUGAUUUUUUUUUAAGUACUAUUACUUUGAAACAUUGUUACAAAAUUCUGUGUUAGUGCCUGAAGAUUAAAUGAAUUCAUCUUUUGCAUUAUUUAAAACGUAUUCAAUGUUUUAGUUUAAUUAUCUUUCCAAGAAUUACAGUAGAAAUUAUUUAUUUUUUUCUUAUAUCAUUAUAUUUUUGUAUGUACUCUAAUUAACCAAUUAUUUAUCUGUGUGAGACAAAAAUAUUGUUGAAAUCUUUAAAUUUAGUUGUCCUACAUGGUACAAGAGGGGUUUUAUUUGCCGUUCAGUGUUUUUUCUUUUUGGAAUAGGUUUGUUAAUCUAACAUUGUAUUUCUUACUCUUGACAAUAUUGUCACGUUACAGAGUUUUUGAAAACUACUAAAGCAAAUAUUGUAUCCAAAAUUGAAUAUUUUUGAGUUACCGAAAAUGAAAAAGGUAUUGUUUGGUAUUUCAGAGAAAUUAGAUAGAUGACAUUUUUGUAUCCAACUUCCAUAAACGGAAAGUAAUUGCUAAAAAGCCGGAAAGAGUAGAGUUUAUACUAAUAAAACAUAGUGUACCACAUGUUUCCAGAAUAGUAAUGUUAAUUCUAUUGUCUUUGACACUAUUUUCUUUCUGUCCUAAUACAAAAGUAAUUUAAGUAAUAAUGAAAAUAUCAAUGGGAUAAGCACUGAGAUUAAUUAUGCUUAGGCCUAAAGAUAAGUAACGUCUUUAAGAAAUAUACUCAAUGUUGUGGCCAAGUUGACCAACACAUAUACAGAACUUUGGAACCUUUGGUGAGGGCAGUGAUGUGUGAUGUGCUGUGUUGUUAAUUGAGAUCCUAUGCUAUGUAUUGAAGCAUUUUUUUUUUCUGAUCAAUAAGAUUCAAAUCUACCAUAUAUACAAGUUCUUUAGCACUUGUGACGAAUCCGAGAUAUUUCGGGACAGUUACCUAUUUUUAUGUGUUAGCAUAAAUAUUCUAAGGAUAGCAUAAGCUCAUUAUUGUAAAUUUUAAAUAAUAUCCCUAUUCAAAAAAUCCAUGAUGUAUUUAUUUUCAGUUUGGAAUUUGCAAUUCAAAACCUUCUAUAUUCAUCUCAAACAAUUUUUAUGAGAUAGCUUCUUAAACUUCAUCCAAUUCCACCUAUUUUUUUUUGAGAACAUAAGUUGUAAAGAGUUUGCUGAUACAGUUUGAAAUAAGUAUGUGUUUUUCAUGUUUGCAUUAUAGUCUGUACCUAUUACUUAUUGUUGUGAAAUUGGUUUUUCUUCUGAAAUUCGAUUAUAUCUCAUUUGAAAUUUGAAAUAAUUUGUAAACAAAUUAUGUGAUAUAUUGAAAUCUGAAAUCUGCAUUGUUUGGACAAAAUGUCUGCACCGCUCCACCAUGAAACAUUGAAAAAUAACACUUUCUAAUUGUCUGGAUUGUUGAAAGCUCAUUAUUAUUAUUGUAAAAUUUGCAUUUUGGGGUUUAAUAUUGUGUGAAUCGAAUCUGAGAAUAAGUGAGGAAGCAGGAAGUGGAAAUAAAGCUAAUUUUAUGUUUUUCAUCUGUUUUGCAACUAAGAACUUAUGUAUUUCAACUGGAUACUGCAUAUAAUAUGUAAGGAAAUCGACUCUUUCAGCUCAGGCAAAACAUUAUUUAAGUAAAAUUGCCAGCUCAGGCGUGGGCACUAAUCUUACAAAAUAUAUUUAUUAUAUUAUGUAAGUGUUGUUGUAAGUAAAGUACGGUAAUGUUGCACUUUUUGUUUAAGUUGCAGAUGGUAGAAUGACUCGGUUCUUCCAAGAAAAACACUGCAUACCAGUUUCAUAUGAAAGAUUAUUACUAUUGAAAAAUAUCAAAAAUUAUUCUGUACACCAUUCUUGUAGAUAUAAUAUGGUACUUGCAUGAAUUUUUUCAUCGCUGAUUUCGUUAGUCGAUAAAAAAUAAAUCAACACGUGUCUUUUCUUUUUCUUUGUAGUUAAAAAUUGACAGAGAUACAACGCUAUGAAAUGUGCCUAUGCACUUAUAUAAAUUUAUGACAUUGCACAUGCUCGGUAUACCUAUAUAUAAAAAACUUAAUAUUUGUAUAACUUCCGGAAUAAUCGUACUAGGACAAAAAAAAAAAACAUGCAUCAAUUUUUUUCCAUUUUCUUCAGUUUGCGAUAAACAAUAAUCAAUUUAAUUUUCCAUGCAAGUACCCUAAUGUGUGAGAAAUUUAAAGAAAAAGAAAUAGCACGUGGUCUUGAAAAUUCCGUUUCACUCACUUCAAUCUAAUGCAUGUGAAAAAACUACCUUUAUGUUCAAUUAAAAAAAAAAGAAUCUUGUUACCUUUUAAGUCAUUUAAAAAAUAUUUAUAUCUGAAAACAUUGUUUUGCCUUAAGCAGAAAAGACGUCAGGAUUUACCAAGCAUAAGACAUUUGACAAAUAUUUUUUUAGACGCAGAAGAUCCUAAAAGAGUCGAAAAUUCUCUAAGUAAAUUUUGUACCAAAGGACUAAGAUGACACAUUUAUUCACAAAAAAUUAUUGUCAUUGCUAUAAUUUAUAAAAAAAAGAUGCCUCCAGGAUUUUAAUCUAACUUUGCCAGGAAACACUUAAUCUGCAUUAGGAUUUUUUAAGAAAUGUAAUCCUUUGUGAGAGAUUUAUUCACUUCAGUCCCAGUUUGAAGGGAUGAAAGUAUCUAUUUUUUUCUUCUAUAUAUUCUCUCUACACAACUUGAAUCUUUACACUAAUUCAUAUUUAUCAGAAAUUUACUAGUAUAAACAGGUUAGGGUAGUCGGCUUGAAAAGGAAAAAUAGCUCAUAUUGGGAACUACCUAAGUAUUUAUUACUUUUUUCCAAACAUAAAUCAAACUAAAGUCAUUGGUUCUGACGACGGGUUAUUUUAAUAUAAUACAGUGUGAUGAUUAUGCAUGUGCAUUUGCUAAUGGAACAUCCUGUAUAUUUGCUUAUUUCCGUAUAGACCUUAAUCUAAUUGUUCAUGAUUAGUUAUCAGCGAUCCAGAAACUUCAAUUCGACCAGCAUAUUCUCAAGAUUUCUUCAGAACAAACAAACAACCUUCACUUGAAUUUUUGUUUCCAAAAAACUGAUUGACUCGAUUAUAAGGUACCUACUUAUUGUCCCUUUUUAAGCCGACCACUAUGUACAAAUCUACAAUUUAAAAAUAAUGAACACUUAUUGUUUUUGGUUGCUAAUUAUUAUUUUUUUUUUUGAUACUCUUGUGCAAUUGUGUUAUUGAUGGAUUUUUUGAAAUUUUUUCUGUAUUUGUAUAAAAAAAGUAAACACUUGAACGGGUGUAGGUACCAAUUAACGGCCAAGAAUUUGUACUCACAGUUUGCAGUCUCAUUUCAAUCUCAGUUAUGUAAUCUUAGAGAGUGAUGUAGGUAAAAUACAAAAAAAAUUAAUUGUGAUUUUUCAUUUAUUUUCACUAUUUUACAUUAUGAACCCUAAUAAUUCUUUACUAUGAGGCCGUGUAAUGGGAUACUGGCAUAUUCUAGAAAUUAAUAGAAGUAGCUCGUCUUCAAUUGAAUAUCUUAUUAAAGUUUUAUUUAGUAAGUUUUUCUAGUGUGUCAAAAUAAGUAAUAUUAAGGAAAUUAGUAUUUUUGGACAAAUUGCACAAAUUUCACAUUCCAAUGAUUGUCGGGAUUUUCCGUAUUUUACUUUCUGGACUAAAAAUGCAGUUUUUUAAGCAAAUAAAUCCUAUAUACGGCCUUCUCAUCAAAUUAAUUUGUUAUUUAGUUAGGUACUCAUAACAUUAAACUUAGAACUAAUGUCUAAUUUGUUACUGUGUAAAAUAUUUUUAAGCUGAUAGAUAAUUAUUCUUAGAUGAUUGUCAUAUUUAGUUUAUGUUAAACUUCAUUAUGCUUGCAAGGCUCCAUUUUAGAAGGGAUUUUUUUUUCUUUGACCCCUGUAUUCUGUAUUGUUUUAGUUUUUAUUUGUUUUGGCUUAAGAUGGAGCCUUUGCAAUUUCAUUGUAAAUAACAAAAUAUCGUGUAUUCUUUUUGCUAUACUCUUUAUCCUUAAAACAGUUUGUGAGUAUUUGCUUUUAGUUGAUAAGGCAAAUAAAUAAUUAUAAUUUA